CGUCGAGCAGAAGAAGACGCAUGCGACGAGGACCACUCGCGCUCCUUGCCGCCAUCGUCGCCCUCGCGCAGGGCGACAACAUGACCUUGUCGACGCCCAAGCUCGUACUGAAUAAUGUACCUUUUGCGUGUACCCUGAGCUUGCCAGCGCUAUCGCCCCACGGCGACGCUUGGCCAGCGACUCUCUUCGUCGUCGUCCAGGUCAAAACCCGUCAUCUUGGGGCGUUUGCAGUGUCGACAAUGUUCAGAAGCCACACACUGGGCAACCUCACGGUAGCAUCGUCGGGGCUUCACACGCUGUACCUUGAGGUCGUCGAUGGAAACGGGACGUCCAUGGGCGCGGCGGUCACCACGGUGCCCAGCGUACCGGGGUUUCUGUCGCUGCUGCCGCCGCUGCUCACGGUCGUCGUCGCGGUGCUCUGCAAGCAGGUGCUACUUGCGUUCGUGCUUGGUGUCUGGCUCGGCUGCGUCUUUCUACAUGCUUUCAACCCGCUCGUGGCGCUCCUUCGCGUCUUUGACACGUACUUGAGUCACGCCUUGGACUAUCGGAACGGACACGCGCAGGUCGUGACGUUUUGCUUUCUCUUGGGCGGGCUCAUUGGCAUUGUGCAAAAGGGCGGCGGCGCCCACGGCCUCGCGUCGCUCGUCGCGUCCCUCCCAGCGACGCGUGGCCAAGCUCUGGUCGCGAUCUUAACGCUGACGGGGCUCGUCUUCUUUGACGACCAUGCCGCGAUUCUGAUUGUCGGCACGACGUUCUCGCGCCCGGCGCAGGACGUGGGCGUGAGCAAAGCCAAACUGGCGUUGCUCAUCCAUGGCGUCUCGGCGUGUUGGGUGAGUCUCGUGCCGAUCUCGUCCUGGGUCGGCGUACAAGUGGGGUAUCUCCAAGGCGAGCCGUCGCUCUCGGGCGACGCGUUUGGCUGGUUCCUCGCGUCGUGGCCGCACCGGUACUUUCCGUUGCUCUGGCUGUGCUUCCUCGGCCUCACAGUCGCCACGGGCCGGGACUUUGGCCCCAUGCUACAGCACGAGCGCGCGGCGCAGCGGCGGAAGAGCCGCCACAGCCUCUCGACCGACUCGGAGACGUUUUCGCCCCUCGCCAUGGGACUCGCGAGCCCGAGCGUGCUCCCAGCGUCGGCGCUCGCUCCGACAAUUCCAGUUUCUUCCCAGCGCUGGUACAACGCGGUGCUUCCGUUUGCCGCCGUCGGGAUCGGGACGUGCCUCGGACUCUACUGGGAUGGCAGCGCCCACGGGGACACGUCGUGGCGCACGGUAUUCGCAAGCGCCAACUCGUUCAACGCGCUCAUCGCUGGCGCACUCGCGGGCUGCAUCGUCGCGGCGGUGCUCUUAAUCAGGCAGCAGCUCUUGACGCUGCGGGGCAUCCUGACUGCGUGGCUCGCCGGCGUCGCCGAGAACACGCUUUCGCCCGUGCUCGUGCUCCUCCUCGCGUGGGCGCUCGGCCACGUCCUGCUCGACCUCCAAGCUGCCGCAUACUUGGCGCCUGCGCUCGGAUCGACGCUACCGCCCCGCCUUUUGCCCAGCGUGGUGACGGUAUUGAGCUUUGGCCUCUCGGUCGCAACCGGGUCUGCGUUUGGUGCCAUGGGCAUUCUCUUCCCGCUCGCACUGCCUCUCGCCGCGACCUUGUCGCCGGGCGAUACCGACCUCUUGACGCAAUGCGUCGGCGCGAUCGUUGGCAGCAGCGUCUUUGGCAAUGUGCUGAGCCCGAUAGCCGACGACACGCUUCUCACGUGCAUGGCGACGGGCCUCAACGUGCACACGCACGUGCGCACGACGCUUCCAUACGCCGCUAUCGUCGGCAGCGUGAGCCUCUUUCUAGGCGCGCUGCCCGUGGGGUAUGGCGUGUAUGGGCCAACAGAGGCCCUCGGCCUUUCUGUGAGCGCGUGUUUCUGCCUCCUCAUCCUGCUUGGCCGACCGGUGGUCGACACCCGUUGCAUCGUCACCGACGCGACACCGCUGCUCGCCUCCUCGUAG